AUGCUUCUCGUAAAUAGUGAUAAGUCUAUUCUAGUCGUAAUUUGCUUAUUUACCUGUGUUCUAUCAGUGGUGUCGCAAGAUGUAAACACCACUAUAAUAAUACCGUUAAAUAAAUCUAUAACAUAUGAUGACCGAGAAAUAUAUAGUAACUUUAUAGAAUUAGAAUCUAGUAAUCUAAUUGUUCAAGUAAAGUUUUCUGAUAUUGAUACUCAUUUGUACUUCAUUGUCUUCCAAGUACAUACUCAAUUUGAGAAUAUCACUGUGUAUAAAGUCAACGAUGGUAAUGUUACCGUGACCGGUACUAAUGUGGGUUUGAUAAAUAUAUUGAAAAAGUUACCGGGUGAUACACCUACAUCAGAUAUAUUUUUUAUACAAAACCCUAAUCAAAAUGUUUCUGUACGAGCAUAUAUUUCCGUCCAUGGCUACAUCUGGCAAGAUCCGAUCCCAGGUGGUUGUAAUUUAGAAUGGAGCCCCCCGUUAAGUCCAUUUCUUAAAACUAGGACAAUGUCGGCCUUUAUCACUGUGGAGGCUGCUUCUCCUUCAAUUGAUGCUGAUUGUAACAUGGUUAACGAAGCCGACAUUACUUUUCACAUGAUGUAUCAAUCUGAGAUGAACUUUAAUUCCGAUGUGUACUUUACUGGCUUGAGGAAUAUGAUGACUCUAAAGAAUAUCGAGAAGUAUGGAACCGAAAUUCCUCAAACGCAUUUGCCGUCGCGACGCAUGUUGAGUGCUUACCAUGGUUUGCAUGUAGUAUUUGUGGCUGUAGCACGCAGAAAUGACAACCAAAGUUUGUACUCCGUCUACGUGCCGGGACAUAGCUAUGGUUGUCCAGAAGUCAAUGAAGAUGGUUGCAUGUUUUCCGACGAUUUUGUUUCUGCAAUGCUCUGUACUAUUUUGUUGUUUGGUGGAUUGUUCAUGAGUAUCUUUGGCCAUCGAUUCUUUAAAACCGAGAUGUUCUUAUCCGGAUUCUUCAGCGGCUUCAUUAUAACCUAUAUAUUGGUUAUUUUAAUGGAUGACGGUGUUGGCACACAAGCUCUGGUAGCAGCAUCAGUCUUGUCUGGAAUAUUCUUCGGAGCCAUAUGGUUGUUAUUCUGGUGGCUUUAUGGUAUACCAGUUAUUGCUGUAUUAUUACCAGCAUUGAAUGCCGGAUUUAUAUGCGCUGCUAUUUUCUAUUAUAAAUUGCCAGCAACUGUAUUUUAUUUCCAAAACGAUUUUAAUUUCUGGACGGUGUUCGUAAUGAUAAUGGUACUGAGUGCCACGGCCAUGGCUUUCGUGACUCACUCGUCAAGUAUCCUGUGCUGCGCGUUCCUGGGUGGUUUCUGCACUAUGUACGCCUUUGAUUAUUAUUUGGGCUCAAAUCUGAAGUAUAUCAUAGUCAACACUGUGCGAAGGGCAGUUGUAGAAAACUUCAGUGAAGCGGUUUUAGCGCCACCGUUCAUGACGAGGGAAAUACUGGUCACCCUUUUAUGGAUUUUUGUGUCGUCAUUGGGAUGGCUGUUCCAACUCUGGGACAACAAAGGCAGGCCGCCAUUCCCCCCACCACCGAGGAGCACGCGGUUGGCUGUACCUGAAUCGACCAUGUAUGGGGCUGUGACGGAUUAUGCCAGGCGGUUAUACCCUCAAGGUGUCACUUCUAAUACUCAGUCGUCAGGCUCACCAAUAUUGGCCAGGCCGAAUUCAGAGAGAACACCACUGAUGUCUGGCACCAACAACUAA